AACCCGAGCAAGUUGAACUGUCCCCAAUGAGGAACCCUCUUGAUGUUUUAUUCAGUAAAUACCCUGUGGUAAUCAGCCGAGCAUCCUCUCCUAAUCUAAUUUCCAUCAUUCUGACUGUGAUUUCUUUUUACGUCUCUCCUACUCCGCUCAGAUGUGCCAGACAGGAAGCUGACGUCAGACGAGGAGGAAGCCAAGCGGAUCGCAGAGAUGGGAAAACCGGUGCUGGGGGAACACUCCAAGCUGGAAGUUAUAAUUGAGGAAUCCUAUGAGUUUAAGAGCACAGUGGACAAACUGAUCAAGAAGACCAACCUGGCACUGGUGGUGGGAACCAACUCCUGGAGAGAGCAGUUCCUGGAGGCCAUUACAGUCAGUGCAGAAGAUGAGGAUGAAGAGGACACAGGGGAAGAGCGGCUGCCGUCUUGUUUCGACUACGUCAUGCACUUCCUCACCGUCUUCUGGAAGGUCCUGUUUGCUUGCGUUCCUCCCACAGAUUACAUGAACGGCUGGGCUUGCUUCACCAUCUCCAUCCUCAUCAUCGGCCUGCUCACGGCCGUCAUCGGCGACCUGGCGUCUCACUUUGGAUGCACCAUCGGCCUCAAAGACUCGGUCACAGCUGUGGUGUUUGUGGCACUCGGGACAUCUGUCCCAGACACGUUUGCCAGUAAGGUGUCAGCCGUCCAGGACACGUACGCAGAUGCCUCCAUUGGAAAUGUGACCGGCAGCAAUGCCGUCAAUGUCUUCCUGGGAAUCGGCGUGGCCUGGUCGGUGGCAGCCAUCUACUGGCACAUGAAAGGCAAGCCGUUCGUGGUGGAGGCCGGCUCCCUGGCCUUCUCUGUCACUCUCUUCACCAUCUUCGCCUUCCUGGCCGUUUCGGUGCUUCUUUACCGACGCCGCGCUCACAUCGGAGGAGAACUGGGCGGACCUCGGGGACACAGACUGGCCACGACAGCCUUCUUUUUCAGCCUCUGGUUUCUUUACAUCCUCUUCUCCAGUCUGGAGGCCUACUGUCAUAUAGAGGGCUUCUAAGCGGGAAGAGACUCGUGAAUGUGAGAACAUGAACUCACAGGGGUUUAAAGUACAACUUCAGAGGUAAAAGAGUGCACUCUCGCACUGUGGAAUUGGGUUUUUACUUGUAUUGUGUGGAAGGACAGGAGAGGUAAGCGUGGGAUUUUCCCAGACGCCUUCCGCCCUCUCCCACCUCCGUCUCUCCCUCAACCCCGUCUUUAAGGAUGCUUGGAGGUGUGAAUCCUGGCCUGUUUGACCUGGCGUAUCAGAGAACUGUCCUUGAGCCCGUGCGAGUGUGCUUACAGUUGGGAUUGGGAAACCGCCAAAUCCAGAAGACGCCAAUACCAAGAGGUAGUCCUGCAUUCCACUAGAAGAGACUGCAGUCUUAUACCCGGAGAGAGCUGAGUUAACCAGAGGUCUAUAUUUUUCUCAACAUCUGACGAGAAUGACUUUUUUUAAAAAGUAUUUUGGGGAUAAAAAUGCAAAAAAUUUCAAU